AAUUCUCUACUUUGCAUUCUUUACUUUUGCCUCAGCAAUUGAAUCAACAAAAAAAAUUCUUACUCCAACAUCCUGCGCUGGAAUAAAGAAGAGAACAGAUGGCAGAUCCGUUCAGCACAUUUUCGGUAGACGAAGAUUUUCUUGAUGCUCCCAAGUUCGACAACUCUUAUCGGGAGCGUGAAUGGAUCCUUGAGCAUAUGGCUGGUGCAUUCAGAGUGUUAGGCUCAAAAGAUAUUUCAGAAGGGCUUAGUGGACAUAUAUCGGUGAAAGAUCCAGUUGACAAUAAUGCCUUCUGGAUCAACCCUUUAGGACUUCACUAUUCAAUGAUCAAAGCUUCGGAUUUAGUGCUUUACAAUGAAAAUGGAGAUGCUAUUGGCGGAAACCCAAGUGGUAGAAUCAGCAAACCAGCUUGUCAAAUUUUAGCUGUGGUACACAAAUUGAGAAAUGCAAAAGUCAUCUGUCAUAACCAUUCACCUUAUGGUAAAGCUUAUUCUUGUUUUGGUAAAAAACUAGAAAUGAUAAACCAGGAUGUUUGUUUCUUCUAUAGGGUUCAUAACUUUUAUGAAGCUCCAAAAAAUGUUUCAGGCUUGGAGGACAUAGGAAGAAGCAUCUUCGAGCGGUUGGGAGAAAAUGGACGUGCUUUGAUUUUACAGAACCAUGGCUUAAUUACUAUAGGUAGCACCGUGGAUGAAGCAGCUUAUUUAUUUCUCUUACUAGAGAAGUCUUGUAAAAUACAGUUGUUGGUGAAUUCUGCAGCCAACCAUGGAAUUUCAAAGAAAUUGAUGGACGACGCCGAGGCAGAAGCCAAUUUCAAGAAAAGUGAUUCAGACUCCUUGUAUAAGGCGUUCCAGCCGGAUUUUCAGUAUCAAGUUUCAAGAGACGACUCCUUUCUAUCAUUCAGUAAGUCUAAAUAAUUAUUAAAUGAAGAUAGCUUUGGUGUUUGCUAGGUGGUCGAUGGCGGUAUUUAUUGUGUUGAUUGAGAAUGAUGUGAGUGUGUAAGACAUUGUAUUGACUCUCCAAAUACUGUCAAAACAUAGCGUAAGAUUAUAUAUGCAGCGUGGUACACUUCUUCAACUGCAAUCAAUACUCCAUCAUAAGAGGCAAAUAUUUUUUGACGCCAAAACCAGUUAAAAGGUAGCUUUCCGAUCUUUGGCUUAUGCCAGACUGUAGUUUCUUACAAAAUUUUACCUGCAACUGACC